UCUUUGACGCCGCUCUCCACCUGACAGGUCUGCUCGCGUUAUUUCAUGUAACCUACUUUAGUUGAGGCGACAUGCAGAUGCUGCUUUCACUCUCCUGUAUUUCAAACGGGGAAAGAGUAUAAAUUAGUAAAUAUUCUGGUUGGACACCCGUCUGGACCGCGGAGGAUCGAGCAGACAUGAAAGUAUUUGUGACCUAACGCUGCACAAUUUAAUGCUCUACUAAUUUCCGUAGGUAGUUGGUGUUGGGUUUCUCAGAGCUGCUGGAAACGGGACGCAUCCUUUCAAAAUAAAAGCCUAAAGAAAUAUUUAAAAUAUGUAUAUGUUUUUAAAUUCUUAAAUUAUCUUUUUUAGAAUAUCCGAUGCUUAAUUUAAAGCCCUAUAUUAGUUUAGAUUAUAUUUAUUACACAGUGUAGUCCAGCUGCAAAUCCCUUGGAGUUAUAUUUUGAAAUUCCAGGUUUGUGUCUGGGACAGUAAAGAGACUGGUAGUGAACUUGACUGUCAUAAGCAGCAUGGGUGCCAAAGUAGCUGUGUGCUGCACUGUGUUGUACAUCUUGUUGGAUAGUGUCAUCAGCACCGUGCUGUACAUCCACGGAUCACACAGGAGCAUAUUUCUGAAAGAUGCCCUGGACUUUAACAUCCUCCAGUCUGCCCUGGACCUGUGGGGGACGGUGCUGCUCAGGGGCUCCCUGCUGCUGGGAGCCUCCAUCGGGGUGUCCUGGAACAGGCAGGACGGCCCGGCCAGGGUGUCCAAGUCCUUCACUCUCAUCCUCCUCGUCUGCAUGGUCGUCAUCACCUACGCCCUGGCUAAGAUGCUGAUGCUGAGCGAGCAGGAAUCCCUUAAACACCAGCCGUGGUUCCUGAGCCUGGUGGGCUGGACUUGUGCCUCCUCGCUGGGCGUCCUGCUGCUCUGGAGGCAGCUGGGGCACGAGUCCAAGUCAGUGGUGAGCAAUCUCAGUGGCAGCAGCCGCUCUGGAGGAGGAGGAAGGGGAUCCGAGGACACUGAGAAGCUGGUGGAGACAGCUGGAGAGGAGGAGGAGGAGGAAGGGAGGCAGGACAAGGACAAGAAGGCGAAGGAGAACACCAGCUCUGGGGCGACCCUGGGACGCCUGCUCACCUACUGCAGAAAGGAUGCGGGAGUGCUUUCUCUCGCCACCCUGUUCUUGCUCAUCUCUGCAGUGUGUGAAGCUUUCAUUCCCUACUACUAUGGGAAGGCCAUCGACAGCAUCGUUGUUCACCAGAGCAUGGAGUACUUUGCUAAACCGGUGGUCACCCUGGCAGCGUUGGCUUUGGUCAGUUCACUUGCCAUGGGAGUGCGAGGAGGAGUUUUCACCCUCACAUUCGCAAGAUUAAACCUUCGACUCAGAAGUCACCUCUUCAGACACCUGAUGAAGCAAGAAAUAGCCUUUUAUGACGAAAACCACACCGGCGACAUCCUUUCCCGCCUGUCGGCCGACACCACCCAGGUGAGCGACCUCAUCUCUCAGAACGUCAACGUGUUCCUGCGGAGCACCGUCAAAGGCGCCGGCAUCUUCAUCUUCAUGUUUGGGAUGUCCUGGAAGCUCACGAUGGUCACCAUAAUGGGAUUCCCGUUCAUCGGCCUCGUCUCUAAAGUUUACGGCGAUUACUACAAGAAACUGACAAAGGAGGUGCAGACAACCCUUGCAGAGGCCAAUAAAGUUGCUGAAGAAACCAUCUCAGCCAUGCGGACCGUCCGGAGCUUUGCCAACGAGAGCGGGGAGGCCGACUCCUACUGCGCCAAGCUCCACGACAUGUACCAGCUGAACAAAAAACAGGCCCUGGCGUACGCCUGCUACGUGUGGUCCACUAGUAUCUCGGAGCUCGCUCUUGAAGUGGCUAUUCUCUACUACGGAGGCCACCUCGUGGUCAGCGGGCAGAUGAGCAGCGGCGCCUUGAUUUCUUUCUUCAUAUACAUGCUUGAGCUGGGAGAAUGUCUUGAGAACAUUGCCUCAGUGUACACGGGCCUCAUGCAGGGAGUUGGAGCUGCUGAAAAGGUUUUCGAGUAUCUGGACAGGAAGCCCGAGCACCCGGCCGAGGGCACGGAGACUCCGGUCAUAUGCAGCGGCCUGGUUGAAUUCAGGGACAUCACCUUUGCUUACCCGACACGCCCUGAGAUUAACAUCCUUCAGGGCGUGUCGUUUACUCUGCGGCCCGGUGAGGUCACCGCCCUGGUGGGGCCUUCAGGCAGCGGGAAGAGUUCCUGCGUGAGUCUGCUGGAAAACUUCUACCUCCCACAACAAGGCCAAGUGCUGCUGGAUGGAAAGCCUGUCAACACCUUCCAGCACGACUAUCUUCACUCCAAGGUGGCUCUGGUCGGCCAGGAGCCGGUGCUGUUCGCCAGGACGGUUACAGAGAACAUCACCUACGGACUCACUGACAUCCCCGCGGAGGCUGUGGUGCAGGCUGCCGUCAAGGCUAAUGCUCAUGAUUUCGUCGCUGCCCUCCCUAAGGGCUUUGACACAAGUGUUGGAGAAAAGGGCACGCAGUUGUCAGGGGGACAGAAACAAAGGGUGGCCAUUGCGCGAGCACUCAUCCGAAACCCAAGAGUUCUGAUCCUGGACGAGGCUACCAGUGCUCUGGAUGCAGAAAGUGAACAUAUCGUUCAACAGGCCCUGAACAACAUCAUGCAGGAGCACACAGUGUUGGUGAUCGCCCACCGGCUCAGCACGGUGGAGAAGGCGGACAACAUCAUUGUGAUUGACAAGGGCUGUGUGGCUGAACAGGGGUCCCACAGCCAGCUGAUGGCCAACGCUGGGCUGUACUGCAAGCUGGUGCAGAGGCAGGUCCUGGGCAUCGAGACCGGGGACGAGGUCCUCAACCCGUCCAAAAACCUCCGCCGGACGUCUGACGGAGAAUGCCAGAGGAGAAGAAAAAGCAGCAGCGGCGCCAGCGAGUCUGACCACAGCAUGCGCUACUGAGGAGGAGAGCGAGGAAGUGACACUGGACAGGUGGUUGCUAGUCAGCCAUUCAGCUUAAGUACUGUGAUUGGCAAAGAGAGGAAACAACUUAGAUCAUGACAUGCAUCCAAACACACAACCAAGUUCCAAGGUCAGGAAUGUUUCACUGGGGAGUCUGUCUAGUUACAAAACCAGUGGCAUUACUGUGCUAGAAGUACCUAGCUGAAUGUAUGAACAAGUAUGAAGAAGGGAUGGCAUCGCCACUGGAAAACAAACAAAAAACUUGAAUGAAUGGCUACUACAUUAGCUGUAAAAUCAGCUUGAAGAAAACACAACAUGCUGCUGUCGAUGUACCGUUUUCAUAUUUAUCAAUACAAAGAUAUUCCUCAGGAUGAGGAAUAUCUUUGAAGAUUUUCCUCAGGAUUUAGUUUUGCCUUUACAUCGUUCCCACAGUGGAGGAAGUGCAGUGUUUCAUUGGAAGACAUUGUUUUUAGUGAACAUGCUGUUGGCAGAAUAAGCGCGGAGACGGGCGCUUUUCUCUGCUGGACGGAAGCACGGAGCAGAUGUAACGUGGAGGGUAAAUCAGGACACUACAGAUGGAGAAUGUAUUUGUAUCAAGUACUGUAAAUUGAAAAGUAUAUGCAACGAAACACAGUAAAAACAUAUUGGUUGUAUUCUUUCUCCCCACAAACAUGUUUAUAUCAUGACUUACGCUACGCUGAUCUUUCAGCAGAAGGGGCCAUGAAGCAGGAGGUGAAUCUGCAGGAUGUGUUGGGCCCACCAUCUCCGUAUUAUACCUUUAAGGUAUAAUACGAUAAAUUGACAUAAAUCCAUUGUGCAUAGUUGUUACAGUUUUUUUCUGCAGUGGAAAAAAAUAACUGUUGGGAUUAUCCACUUUCCUUGGAACCAUUGGGACUAUUUAUUAGACACCAAGCACCGGCGACCUCUUUUUAAAGGGGACAUAUUAUUAAACUAAAUUAUUUUAUUUUCUUCCCUUGGGCACAUUUAUUUGGGUGUCUGAGAACACUUCCACCGAAGAAACUCUGACAAAAGACAGCCUGAUCGUUUUGUUCGUGGGCAGCUUCAACUCAUUCAGAGAGCGAUUGAGAUUUGCAGAACGCUGUGACAUCACAGACCCAGAGCUCAGCAAGGUUACCCUUACUCCCUAUUUAUUUUUUUUACAUCUACUCACCUCAUUGAUUUAACUUGGCAACGCUGUAACAACAAACUGAGAAAGAGAACAUGCAGAUAAGUGGCUGACUCCAACCCCAUUAAAUCAUCUGCUGGGAAGAAAACAAGGAUUGUGAAAAUGACUGGACAUCCCUCCGUGGCCUCACCUACAGAUGCCCCGAGGUCGAGGAGAGGCUUUGAAGCUUCUUGUUUCCUUGUGCUGCAUGGGACCAUGAUGAAAUUGCACUGAAUGAGCAGUACCAGGACGGCAGCUGGAACACACAUACUGUACCCUUUGUCGGUCAAAGCUAUCCAUGGCUUCCAGCUCCUCCAGGCAAUCCACACGGAAGGAGCUGCAAAGCUGCCGGAAAACAUUUGCUCUGGAAUAUCCCUUUCAAAUGUUGUUUUGGUGGAAAAAAAUCAUAAAUGACCACUGUGUUUACCCAAAACUAGGUUAGUAAAAAGUGAAGACUUGGCUUUGCACCAUGACCAAAUGCCAACAAUGUAUCUUCCCGGCUGAAUCUAAACCGGGAGGUAGCAAGAACUGCAGUUCAUCGACGAGCUGGUGGAAGCUGACUCUAAAAAGGAACAUUGACUCCAAUGUUAAAAUGUCUAACUUUGCUGCAAAAAUAAACAUGUUUAGAGUCUGGUUCAAAAA